UGGGCGCCUGCGGCUCGUGUUGCCCGGCGGGGCGCGGGGCUCCAGGCCGGGGCGGCGGCGCCCGCUCUCGGCGGCGCCAUGGGGAAGCGGGAUAACCGAGUGGCUUAUAUGAAUCCCAUAGCUAUGGCCAGAGCACGAGGUCCUGCCCAAAAUUCAGGACCAACAAUACAAGACUACUUGAACAGGCCAAGACCAACGUGGGAAGAAGUAAAAGAACAACUAGAAAAGAAAAAGAAAGGAUCCAGGGCUUUGGCUGAGUUUGAAGAAAAGAUGAAUGAGAAUUGGAGGAAAGAGCUAGAAAAACAUAGGGAGAAGUUACUGGGUGGAAGUGAGAGUUCCUCGAAAAAGAAAGAGAAAAAGAAAAAGGAAAAGAAGAAAUCUAAUAGGCUGUCUUCAUCUUCUUCUUCUUCAUCAAGCUCUGAUUCUUCCAGCAGUGCAUCUGAUUCUGAAGAUGAGGAUAAAAAGCAAGGGAAGAGAAGAAGGAAAAAGAAGUAUCGCUCUUCACGGAAGUCUUCAGCAAGCUCAACUUCUGAGUCUGAAACAGAUAGCAAGGACAGCAUUAAAAAGAAAAAAUCAAAGGAAGACCAUGAAAAAGAGAAGGAUGGCAAAAAUCAUCAUAGAAAAAGAAAGAAAGCUGAUCGUUGUGAUGGACCUUUAUCGUCAGAAUCCUUAUCAGAAUCAGAUCAAACAGAGCAGGUGCAAGUGAAAAAGAAGAAAAACAAUGAGGAAAAAGAGAAAGCAACAGAUAAAACAAAAAAGAGAAAGAAGCAUAAGAAACAUGGUAAAAAGAAGAAAAAGAAGAUUGCUGGUUCAAAUUCAGAUUCGGAAUAAUUUUUAAAAAGCAAGACUAUCUUUUCAACAAAAGUGCAAUGACUAAAGGAAACUUAAACUGUGAAAUGAUGGCAAACUUUACCAAAUUGCAUGAGUUUUCCUGUGUUUUAGAAAAUAUUCCUAAUAUUUCAGAAGCCAGCCAGAUGCAGCUGUGCUGGGAAAGACCAUUGUUGUUGCCUGCUGCUUAAUAUAUAUGGGGUACAACUUUUAUAAAAUUCCAGUUACCAAUGUUAGGUAUUUGAAACAACAUAAAAUGGUAGUCCAACUAGGAUGUAAAAUAUUGGAAAAUAGGAGUCAGCUUUCUAGAUACUAAAAGUAGUGUUUUAAAAAGAAUUAGUAAUAGUCUUAAUUUGUAAAUCAGGACAAAUAAAAUCUCAAGUUCAUAAUUCAGGUUAAUAUAGUACAUAAACUAUUACAAGCUGAUGCCUGCUUUUGGCAUUUACAAAAUGGGAACUUGAUGACAUUUAAAAUGCUAUCUUUGUAGAAAUGUCUAGCAUCUGCCCCAUUACCAUCUUUAUGCUUGCGGGAAAGGGAAUGCUACCAUUUUGGCUAACUGAAUAGGGUGCCUUUGCCUUUGAUCCUUGCAAAUGUCUGCUAUUUUUAAUCCAUGCAGCAUCUCUGAUUCCAGGGAGGUCACAUCUAUUGUCAGCAGGCUUUUUCUGACUAAGCGGUUCUGGGCCUCUAAGCAUGUGCUUCUGCAUUAAGCAAAAGCAAUGACAUUUUGCAGCAUAACUGACGUUCAAAAACUAAAGAUUUUACCUCUGCUUCUUUGAAAUAGAUCUGUUAGUAAGUACAUGUAUUUCAUUUAAUGUUAUUUUGGUUUAAUUGAAUGCUUCUGGCAAACACUGGUUGCUUUAUUUCUUUGCUUUAUCUUUAGAAUUGUUUUGCAUGUUUUGUACCAUUUUUAAAUUAACAAAAUACAGGUAAUCAUUCGUUGUAACCAGUUUUAUGAAUUAUGUUCCACAUGCAGAAUUUCAUGUAUGUAUUUAGUUAUUCUUAAAGUUAAGUUCAUUGCUGUGUUUAAAUGCACACUUGCUGAAGAUAUUUAGCAUGUAAAAAGCGGGGUUUUGAUAUCUAACAGCUUCAUAUUGAAGCUGAUUUUACUCUUAAGCAAGUUCAGUGGCAGACUUGUUACGUGAUGUGUCUUGUUAUAUAAAAAUACUGCCAGAAUCUCAUUAAAGAUACUGUUUAAACAGUUUGUAUUUAUAUUUUUGUACUUAAGGGCUACAGAAUGUUUACCUAAAUCAUAAAGCUAUUUUACUUUAAAUAAGUUCUUUUAGAAAUUAAAAAAAAAAGCUUUUAAAUUGAAUGUGCACACACAAAAGCACAAGCAACCAUUGGAUUUUAUUUUUUACAUGAAAUUAUCCUUAUGUCUUCCAUUGAAGUACUCAUUGCUAGGCCUCCUAUGUUAGCCAUUAACUCUUGUGUUCAGAGUGCUAAACAACAGAUUGUGCUAAUGAUCCUCCUGUUUCAUUGCACUUCUAACUUGCCUUUGUUGCAUAUGGAUGUUUCAAGUAUGUUAUUUCCAAGAAUUUCAAGACCUUGGUUAACUGAUUAUUAGUCUGCAAACCGCAAUGAAAAACUGGGUGAAAAAGACAAUAUUGCCAUUCUGCAGUGAAACUGACUUUUCAAGUAAAUUCUUAGAAAAAUACAAACAUUAACUUGCAGCAAUGACUUUCUGUCCCUUCAAAACUAUUUUGAGCAAAUAUUUUAUACAGUUGGGCUUGAUGUUACUGAUUUUGAAGAUUGUCGCAUCAUUGAGGUUAAAAUAAAGGCAAAAUGCGGUGAACAGUA